AUGCGCCAAGAAGCAUUGAAUCAAGGAGAGAAAGUGCGGGAAUCAGUUUUAGAAAUGUCGAAACAAAAUGAGACUCAUAAAUUCUACGAGACGUUGACACCCGAAGCAUUCUGUCCGAUUAAAGUGAAAGUUGGUGGAGAUGGAGACAGUGGGAAGGUGACGUGUGAUCCGAGGAAAGCGAAAAGAGAUUGCACAAUGAUGUCUCUCGGACUCAACGACCAAAUCCAAUUCGAUGAGGAAAUACAGUCGAUGACUGAGAACCGGUGUAACAUUAUCGGGGCGGAUAUGGCAAGACAAAAUGCGACAACCAGAGAGAAAUAUGAGAAAAUCAGAGGACAAUUGUUUGUUGGAAAUGUUCCGGAUACACUGAAAUUAUACCGAAUGAUGAUUGACUCCGGCUCGAAGGAAGUGGAAAUUCUGAAAAUAGACAUUGAAAGUUCGGAGCACACCGCAUUGGAGCCAUUCCUGAAAUCAUAUUUCGUUUGCCAGAUUCUGAUUGAAAUCCAUGGACAUCCUGCAAGACAGUUGGAGAUGCUAAGGAAGUUAUCCAGGUGGGUGGUUAUGGUAAAAACGAUUGAAUGA